AUGCAGACGCUAGUUUUUUUGUUAUGCCUUGCGGCGGCCGUCUACGGGCAGAUGACGUUCAGUGAUGGUUGGGAGAAGCGGGCACCCUUUUUGGGCAAAACAUCACAUGCUACUACUCCGCAACACCAGUGCAAUGUUCGCUUGCAAGAAAAAAUGAAGGAGAUUCAAGCCCUCUUAACGGCAGCCGAUCUAUCGUAUGAAGCAUGCAUCGAAUCCCUGGCCGCCCCAGCACAACGCCGAUUGAAAGAGAAGAACGACUACAGCUUCAUCCCGCACUCUUCAGCGAGCCAGUACAAAACGGCCCAAGCGAAC